AGCACACUGGAAACAGAGCUUGAUCUCACCCGAAAGGCCAAAACACUUCUUGAGGAGGAACUCGCUGCCGCAAAGAAAAAACUUCAAUACGCCACGGAGCAAAACAAGGAGGCCGAGCAAGUCAUCGUAAACUUCAAUAGAAGGCUUCAGGACCAGUUCUCGACAAUUCAGGUGCAGAAAGCACAGAUAGACUUCCUGCAACAAGAAGCAACAAGAGCAUCUGUGGCAAUCACAACGUCCAAAGCAGCGCCUGCUAACAGGCGCCCGGAAGGAGGAACUGGAGACAAGGAAACAAAAAAUGGAAUGCCCCCCGAAACGCCAGACAUAGCAGAAACAACCACGGCGACGCAACACAACGAGGCACAGGCUGUACGAGAAACCGUUCAAGCGCUGUCAGCGGAAAAUGUCAAAUCACAGGUCGAAGACAGGGGAAAAGCGCACAAAACAGAAGGGGAAGUACCCCAAUUUCCACAACAGCUGUCGGCGGCGCAUGCAGCGAUUGACCAGCUGUCCGCUGAGCGCAGCGCACAAGCAGAACGUGUGGCGGAGCUGACGGCAGCCGUUGCCCGUCUGGAGAGCAGUGCGGAUGCCCCUGAGCGUGUGGUGGAGGCGCUUAGCGCGGAGCUGCGUGAGACACAGGACCGCCUCCGCCAGGCCGAGGAAGAGGCCAGCCAGCUUGCUGAGAGAAUUGGCAGCUCGGAGGGACUUCGUGAGUCCGCUGUUGCGACCCGGUCCGCCGAAACCUCGCUUGCAGCACGGCUAUCGUCUGCGCUGAAGGCACUGGAGCAGCUUGCUGAGGAGCGUGAGACCCUGGCUCGGGGCUCCGCUGAGCUCGAGGAACGUGUGAGGGAGCUUGAGCAGGCACUGCGGGACGCGGAGAACUCCUUGUGUGUGAGGGAAGGGGAGUUGUUGAAGUUGGGUGAGGAGUGUAGUGCCAAGAGUGCUUUGUUGUCAAAUGCGUUAGCGGCUGUGGAUCAGGUUGUUCAAGAGCAUGCAUCGGCGGAGACGUCUUUUGAGGAGCAGACAUCGAGUCUCGUUAAAACAUUUGAGGUGUUGCAUGGACAGUUCCUGUUGACAAAGAAAGGGUUUGAGGAGCAGUGGGAACGGAGGGCUGAGGCAUGUACCGCGGAACUGUUGGCUGCGAGACGGAGUGCCCAACGGGCGAAUGAGGCUCGCAAGCGAGCGGAGGAAAAUGCUGCCAUUUGCAUGCGGAAGGUAGAAGAAGUAAAUGCGGAGUUGAUGAAGGCGCAGCGUGACUACCGUGCUUUGGAACGACUGCUGCGUUCGAGUGGCCGUUUGUCGAUUUCACGUGUGGAAAACAAUGAUGGAGAGGAGCAUGAGCGUGAGAUGUCGUUUACGCCCACGUUUUUGCGAAACACCGAGGGCGCUGAGCUUGCGCAGUUUCUCCAGAUCUCGAGCCUGCAGGCGGAUCUCAUGCUGUCGCGCAGCACUUGCCACAGGUUGGAGGCGCGCCAGUUGGAGCUGCAGACGGCGUUGGAGCAGUGCGAGUGGCGGCUUGCCAGUCUUCCACCAGGCGUGGAGGAGAGCCAUGCGGAGCUGCUGCGGGUGCGGGGACAGCUGGAAAACCAUCAACUCGAAUACCAUCGGUUGGAGGGUAGGUACAAGGCAUUGAAGCGGCAGCGGGCGGAGGAGGUGGAGCAACUCCAGCGGCAGAACGAGCGGUUGGUGCAGCAGCUCCGCGAGAAGCGGGACAAGAUCGGCAGUUUAUCCCGGCAGAUGCGGGAUUCGGAGGUAGCGGCGAAGCAGCAGGCGGAGGAGCUCGCGCAGGCGUUUAAUCUGCUGGAGACGCAGAUGCAGGCGCUGCGGGAGGAGGUGGAGGGUGGCCAGCCGCGCGGCAGGCAGGCGAGACGCCAGGGCGUGGAGGAGACGACGGAGGCGGAGGGCAAAAUGCUGCGCGGCCGCAUCACGUUUCUGGAGCACACGCUGAGGCAGAAGGAGACGGAGAUGCAUCGUCUGCAGGAGGAGCUUGGGCGCAAUGAGGCGCAGCUCGACCAGUUCGAGGACCAGGUAACAGUCGCCACGCAGCGGCUGGAGAACACGGCACGAAGGAGCACGCACCUCGAGCAGAAGGUGCAUGAGCUGAAGCGGACAAAUCAGGAGCUGCGGGAGGAACUCGGCGCCGUCAGGGCGUGCGUGGUGGUCCAGGCGGAGCGGCGAUCCCCGCAGCGCGCUCCAUCCACCGACGUCUUGCGCGAGGCGUUGCACGGCGGCAGGGCGUCAAGCCUCGCAUCCACCCCAACACAGGGUGAGCGGGAGGGGCGUGCAGCAUCCGCAUUGCCCCGCGCAGCCACAAAGCGACCACGUGCCAUAGACGCAUCAUCGUGA